GCUUGCUUUGACCAUCCUGUUAGCUUUUUUCCUUCUGAAAAUGUCACAAUCUUGAUCUCUAUACACAUGCCCAUAACGCCACGAUCACGUUGACGGCGUUUACCUUGUCGUAGUCGGAUUAAUUCGCCCGGUAAAACUAAAAUAUGGAGAGAGAAAAAGAAAAGAAAAAGUAACAUGAGGAAAAGCGUGCGGCGGCUUGCUCUGACCGUCGUGUGUAUGCGCUUCCAGCCAAGCAUAGCAAGAACUAGAAGACAUCGUAAUCCAAGAACCGGGGCCACUCCAAGCAUAGCAAGAACUAAAAGACAUCUAUAUAUAUUGUGUGCAUAUGCGCUUCACGAGCAAAGUGUCCGAAGAAUAACAGGAAAUUAAAGCGAUAUCGUAAUCCAAGAACCGGGGCCAUGCCCGGUCGUAAUUUCGCAACGACGGCGGUGGCCAUAGCGGUCGUCGUCGUAGCCGCGCUAGCGUCGGCGUCGGCGGGCGCGGACGACGACGAGCAAGGGCACCUGCGCCGGGAAGCCGACCGCAUCGUCCGGCUGCCCGGGCAGCCCGACGACGGCGUGGACUUCCCGAUGUACUCAGGGUACGUGACCGUGGACGAGGGCGCGGGGCGGGCGCUGUUCUACUGGCUGCAGGAGGCGGCCGCGGAGGCGCAGCCGGCGCCGCUGGUGCUGUGGCUGAACGGCGGGCCCGGGUGCUCGUCGGUGGCGUACGGCGCGUCCGAGGAGCUGGGCGCGUUCCGCAUCCGGCCCGACGGCGCCACGCUCUUCCUCAACGCGUACCGCUGGAACAGAGCGGCGAACAUCCUGUUCUUGGACUCGCCCGCCGGCGUCGGGUUCUCCUACACCAACACCACCUCCGACCUCUACGACUCCGGCGACAGGAGAACAGCUCAUGAUUCGUACAAGUUUCUGGCGAGGUGGUUCGAGAGGUUCCCGCAGUACAAGUACCGCGACUUCUACAUCGCCGGGGAGAGCUACGCAGGGCACUACGUUCCCCAGCUGUCCCAGAUCGUGUACCGCAAGAACAAGGGCGUGGAGAAACCGAUCAUGAACUUGAAAGGCUUCAUGGUCGGGAACGCGGUGACGGACGACUACCACGACCAAGUGGGCACGUUCGAGUCGUGGUGGAACCACGGGCUCAUCUCCGACGCCACGUACCGGCUGCUGGACGCCAGCUGCGUGCACGACAGCGGCGAGCACCCGUCGCCGCGGUGCAACGCCGCCUACGACAAGGCGACGGCGGAGCAGGGCGACAUCGACCCCUACAGCAUCUACACGCCCACAUGCAACCAGACGUCGACGUCGUCGUCGUCGUCUACGCCGAGGAGGAUGAGGCUCAAGGGCCGCUACCCAUGGAUGAGGGGGUCUUCUUAUGACCCGUGCACCGAAAGGCACUCCACCGUGUACUACAACCGCCCGGAGGUGCAGCGGGCUCUCCACGCCAACGUCACCGCCGGCGCCGGCGGCGCCAUGAACUACACGUGGGCGACCUGCAGUGACACCAUCAACAACAACUGGGGAGAUUCACCCAAGUCCGUGCUCCACAUCUACAAGGAACUCAUUGCAGCCGGACUCAGAAUAUGGGUCUUCAGUGGAGAUACGGACGCGGUAGUCCCCUUGACAGCGACAAGGUACUCCAUCGACGCCUUGAACCUUCCAACCGUCGUCAGCUGGUACCCUUGGUACGACGCCAAGGAGCAGCAGAAGCAGCAGCAGGAGGUUGGUGGAUGGAGCCAGGUGUACGAGGGGCUGACCCUGGUGACGGUCCGAGGGGCGGGGCACGAGGUUCCUCUCCACCGCCCGAGGCAGGCGCUCAUCCUGUUUCGCCACUUCUUGCGUGGGAAACCUAUGCCGCCUAAGAACGGAACUGUUGUGUAGUAGUAUUUGUUUUCUCGGCAUAAUUAAUGAUGCAAAAAUAAUUUAUCGCGCGCCUUCAGUCUAAGGCCAUGUUUGGAUUCGGUACUACUAAAGUUUAGUUGGACUAAACUUUAGUGACUAAAUUUUAGUCACUAAAAUCUACCGUUUGGUUCCGGUGACUAAAACUUUACACACAACUAUUAUUACUGGACAUAAAGACUGAAUUGCCCCUGUUCAA